AUGGCCAUGUUUACAUGGAAAGGCAGAUGGCUUUGUAGAUUUUGCAGUCCAAAAUCGGGCGAGACUGCUGUGCUGUUUGCCCUGAAGGUGUUGGUGGCCAGCUACUCGGUGUCGACGCUGGUGCACCUGAUGCCGGGUGUCGUGGUACCAUCCACUUGGGCCUACUGGCUGGAACUGGUGCUCAUCCAGAUCAUGGUGCCCAAUGCGAGUUUCAUCGGCCACUUGGCCGGCAUUCUCGUCGGCGUCCUUUUCGUCAAGGGCCCAUUGAAGCUGGUGAUGGACCUGCCGUACAUCCUGCUCACUGGUCGCAUGACUCCAGAUCCCCGGAUCGAGAUGCACGAGGACAUGGAAGAGAUGGACGUGUUGAUGCCGGACGAGGGCAAAAGGAGGCGGGAAUAUCGACACCGUUUGGAGAAGGAGAUCCAAGAUCGACAGCGAUUUCACGUGGUGUCGUCGUCGAUCUUUAGUCACGAUGACGAAGAUGCCGCUGCUGCUCAUAAUGCAGCAAUAAGGGGGUCAUCAUCGUCGUCGUCGUCGCGACUACGCAGCAAUUAUCCCCUAGCACCACCAUCAUCAGGUCCACCAUCAUUUUUGCGACUUGAUGAUCUUAUCGAGGGACCUAGAACUAUAAGGGGUGGAAAAGGGGGAGGAUUAAUGUGUGAUGGGGCGAAAGAGAGAGAGAAGGAGGGUGUGGAAGGGAAGAAUGUGUUGAGAACACAUGACUGGUUCAACGCCACUCCCAUUUUGUGGGCGGAGCAGGUGAUGCAGCAUUCCUGCAAUGCUGGUGCUGGACCAGCUGGUUUGGUGCAAGCCGGAGGUUGGUUCAGUGGCCCUUCUUACACAUACAGAAGUGGAGUUUCGGGCUUCAGAGAAAGAGAACAAGGGUCGAAUGGACAGGACGAGGAUCAAGAUCUGAAUGAAGCUCUAAGAAGGAGCCGGCAAGAUUAUGAAGCGGAAGAAGAAGAGCAGAGACAUUUGCAAGAGGCACUUCUGAGAUCGUCGACAACGAGGGGGGAUCCUCCGACGAUGAGUAGAUCACCAACGCUUGAGGACAUGGAGGAGUUGCGAAGACGAAGAUUGGCGAGAUUCCGCAAUUAGCGAGACCAUACUGUGUCUUCUUCAAUUCUUGAAGACUUCAUUUUUUUCUUUCUGAGAACUGAGAGUAAACAUGAAGAAUGAAAUUUGAUUUUUCGCUGCCAAGAGUCUGUGACAAAUUUUCCACCGAAGGUUUCGCAAAAGUUUGUGAAAUACAAUUUUGCUGAUUGAGA